AGCAAAACAAGAAGUGGAGGUCUUAGGCUUUCUCCGUUUCUAGGAUGGAACUCAAAUGAGCUGUCCCAAAGCCGAAAUGUGGGUGCGCUGGGUCUGAGGCUCGGAGAGAGACAUCUGAGAACAUAACUUGGCGUUCUUCAGGGGAAUCGGCUCCUUCUGCACAGAGCAGUGCGGUUCCACCCGUGCUGCAGCUACACUGGCAACAGAUGGAUAAACGGAGGUAGGGCUCAAGCGGGUCUGGAGCCUGCUAAGGAGCCUAAGGCUGUCAGGAGAGCCAGGGAUGGAGGAAGGGCUCCCACCAUCACCUGCUGCGGCCUGGGGACUUCUUUCCAGAAACCCUCAGGCUGAGUCUGUGAGUUCCACCGGUCGAACUCGAGCUGUGUGGCUGGCUCAGCCGUGCAGGCUCCCGUGGCUGUAGUUUUGAGCAGGACAUCAAUAGAAGGCGAGGUUUUCAGAGGAAGUGUGUGCACGCCCAGCACGGAGGUGGGGUCCCCUGGAGAAAGCUCCUCUUAGCUCAUCAGGACUGGGUGGCUCAGAGGUUUGGGGUUUUCCCCCCUGUGUUUUUUGAGCAUUGCUUUAACCUUUACGAGGUUAAAGGCUGGGGGUGGAGUGGAAACCAAAACCUGAAAUGUAAAGCAGGUCCCGGCCCGGGCAGGCCCAAGGGGCUCCAAGGAUGCGCGUGACAACAGCCUCGAAAGGGCUCCCUCUGUACACUCAGGUCCCCAGCAACCCCCUCCCUUCCUGUUUUGUCUGCUUGUCACCGGGCUCCUACCCCAGAAGGGUGGCCUCAGCUUCACAGGUUUCUAGGCUCCAACCCCGCCCCGCCCCCAGGGCGUCCUGACUUUCGGUAAAUGAGGCGGCCAGGAAGCUCAGAGGCCGCACAGGAAGGAGCGGGGGACUUUCCUGUCACAGCCCGGCUGCCGCCACCUCGGCGCAGCUGCAGGUUGUACUCAUGGCACCUCCAAGUGAGGAGACGCCUCUGAUCCCUCAGCGUUCUUGCAGCCUCUCAUCCUCAGAGGCAGGCUCCCUGCAUGUCCUCCUUCCUCCGCGGGGAUCUGGGCCUCCCCAGCGACUGUCAUUCUCUUUUGGGGACUACUUGGCAGAGGAUUUGUGUGUGCGGGCAGCCAAAGUCUGUGGCAUCCUGCCUGUUUAUCACCCGCUCUUCGCUCUGGCAACCGAGGACUUGUCUCGCUGGUUCCCCCCAAGCCACAUCUUCUCUGUGGAGGACGUGGACAUUCAAGUCUUGGUCUACAGGCUCCGGUUUUAUUUCCCUGACUGGUUUGGACUGGAGACAUGUCACCGCUUUGGGCUGCGCAAAGAUCUGACCAGCGCCAUACUUGACUUACACGUUCUAGAACACCUCUUUGCCCAGCACCGCAGUGACCUGGUGAGUGGGCGCCUCCCAGUGGGCCUCAGCCUGAAGGAGCAGGGAGAGUGCCUGAGCCUGGCCGUGCUGGACCUGGCGCAGAUGGCCCGUGAGCAGGCCCAGAGGCCAGGCGAGCUGCUGAAGACCGUCAGCUACAAGGCCUGCCUGCCACCCGGCCUGCGCGACCUGAUCCAGGGUCUGAGCUUCGUGACAAGAAGGCGAAUCCGCAGGACGGUGCUCCAGGCGUUGCGCCGCGUGGUCACCUGCCAGGCCGACCGCUACUCGCUCAUGGCCAAGUACAUCCUGGACCUGGAGAGGCUGCACCCGGCGGCCGCCGCCGAGACCUUCCGCGUGGGGCUCCCGGUAACCCAGGAGGGGCCAGGGCUCCUGCGCGUGGCUGGGGGCAGCGGCGUCGCCUGGAGCCCCGGGGACCAAGAGCUUUUCCAGACCUUCUGUGACUUUCCCGAAAUCGUGGACGUCAGCAUCAAGCAGGCCCCACGCAUGGGUCCGGCAGGGGAGCAUCGGCUGGUCACCGUUACCAGGAUGGACAGCCACAUCCUGGAAGCAGAAUUCCCCGGGCUGCCUGAGGCACUAUCCUUCGUGGCCCUCGUAGAUGGUUACUUCCGCCUGACCUGCGACUCCAGGCAUUUCUUCUGCAAGGAGGUAGCACCGCCAAGGCUGUUGGAGGAGGUGGCAGAGAUGUGCCACGGACCCAUCACGUCAGACUUCGCUGUCCACAAACUAAAGACCGCUGGCUCCCUCCCGGGCUCCUACAUUCUCCGCCGCAGCCCUCAGGACUAUGACAGCUUUCUUCUCACUGCCUGCGUCCAGACGCCCCUUGGCCCAGACUACAAGGGCUGCCUCAUCCGCCGGGACCCCACCGGGGCCUUCUCCCUGGUCGGCCUCAGCCAGCCGCACCGAAGCCUCCGGGAGCUCCUCGCAGCCUGCUGUCAUUCUGGGCUGCAUGUAGAUGGUGCCGCCCUGAACCUCACAUCCUGCUGUGCCCCCAGACCCAAGGAAAAGUCCAAUUUGAUCGUGGUAAGAAGGGGCUGCACCCCUUCCCCAACCCCUAGCCGCACCCCGUCCUGCUGCACUCUAAUGCAGCUGAGCUUCCACACGAUCCCUGCGGACAGCCUGGAGUGGCACGAGAACCUGGGCCACGGCUCUUUCACCAAGAUCUACCGCGGCUGCCGGCGGGAGGCCGUGGAUGGCGAGACACACGAGACGGAAGUCCUCCUGAAGGUCAUGGACGCCAGACACCGGAACUGCAUGGAGUCCUUUCUAGAAGCCGCGAGCCUGAUGAGCCAAGUAUCCUACCCGCACCUCGUGUUGCUGCAUGGCGUCUGCAUGGCUGGAGACAGCAUCAUGGUGCAGGAAUUUGUCUAUCUCGGCGCAAUUGAUAUGUACCUGCGCAAGCGUGGUCACUUGGUGCCGGCCAGCUGGAAGCUGCAGGUGGUCAAGCAGCUGGCCUAUGCCCUCAACUAUUUGGAGGACAAAGGCCUCCCUCAUGGCAAUGUCUCAGCGCGGAAGGUGCUCCUGGCUCGAGAGGGGGUUGAUGGGAGUCCUCCCUUCAUCAAGCUGAGUGAUCCUGGCGUCAGCCCCACAGUGCUGAGCCUAGAAAUGCUCACCGACAGGAUCCCCUGGGUGGCCCCCGAGUGUCUGCAGGAAGCCCGGGCGCUCGGCUUAGAGGCCGACAAGUGGGGCUUCGGCGCCACCGCGUGGGAGGUGUUCAGUGGGGGACCCGUGCACAUCACCUCGCUGGAGCCCGCCAAGAAGCUGAAAUUCUACGAGGACCGGGGGCAGCUGCCGGCCCCCAAGUGGACGGAGCUGGCGGGACUCAUUGCGCAGUGCAUGGCUUACGACCCGGGCCAGCGGCCCUCCUUCCGCGCCAUCCUCAGGGAUCUCAACGGCCUCAUUACGUCAGAUUAUGAGCUCCUCUCAGACCCGACGCCCGGCAGCCUGAGUCCCCGAGAUGAGCUGUGCACCGGCACCCAGCUCUACGCCUGCCAGGACCCCACCAUCUUCGAGGAGAGGCACCUUAAAUACAUCUCUCUGUUGGGCAAAGGCAACUUUGGCAACGUGGAACUGUGCCGCUAUGACCCUCUGGGGGACAAUACAGGACCCCUGGUAGCUGUGAAGCAGCUACAGCACAGCGGGCCAGACCAGCAGAGGGACUUCCAGAGGGAGAUUCAGAUCCUCAAGGCGCUGCACAGUGACUUCAUCGUCAAGUACCGGGGAGUCAGCUACGGGCCAGGUCGCCAGAGCCUGCGGUUGGUGAUGGAGUACCUGCCCAGCGGCUGCCUGCGGGACUUCCUGCAGCGCCACCGCGCGCGCCUGCACUCCGGCCGCCUGCUGCUGUUCGCUUGGCAGAUCUGCAAGGGCAUGGAGUACCUGGGCGCGCGCCGCUGCGUGCACCGCGACCUGGCUGCGCGAAAUAUUCUGGUGGAGAGCGAGGCGCACGUGAAGAUCGCGGAUUUCGGCCUUGCUAAGCUGCUGCCGCUCGGAAAGGACUACUACGUGGUCCGCGAGCCAGGCCAGAGCCCCAUCUUCUGGUACGCCCCAGAAUCCUUGUCCGACAACAUCUUCUCCUGCCAGUCUGACGUGUGGAGCUUCGGCGUGGUAUUGUAUGAGCUCUUCACCUAUAGCGACAAGAGCUGCAGCCCUUCGGCCGAGUUCUUGCGCAUGAUGGGACCAGAGCGUGAUGGGCUUGCGCUCUGCAGACUCCUGGAGCUGCUGGCAGAGGGCCGCCGCCUCCCACGGCCUCCUGCCUGCCCCACUGAGGUUCAGGAGCUCAUGCAGCUGUGCUGGGCGCCCAGCCCGCAGGACCGGCCGACCUUCGGCACCCUGAGCCCGCAGCUGGACGCGCUGUGGCGUGGAAACCCCGGGUAGCAGCCAGGAAUACAGAUGUUAAAUUAUGUGACCCCGGGCUCUGCGCAAUUGACACCUCUGGAAAUACUUUCCUGGCACAGCCGCCUCCUACAGAACUCCGCGACACCAGAUCCUAGUACUGCUCUACUUGGGCCAGAAACUCACCCGCCCCUUCCUCCCGGUCAAGGUCUGCAGAAGUGCCUGUAUCCAUCUCCCCUGCCCUGUGGGCUCAGUGCGACUCCUUACAGGCUGGGCUCCGGGACUGUUUGGUGAAUGAAUAA